GCCCACUGGGAGAAGAGUAUAAAAGCGAAGGAAGAGCUGCUCUGCUCAGGCCAUCGCACCUCUCUGGAAACGUACUGUCGCCACCGCAGCACAAAGAUACUUAAAAAUGGCAUUCGCUGGAAUUCUCAAGGAGGAGGACAUUGCUGCAGCCAUUAAGGACUGUGCUGCUGCUGACUCUUUCAACUACAAGACCUUCUUUGCCAAGGCUGGACUGAGUGCAAAGUCUGCUGAUGACAUCAAGAAAGCCUUCUUCGUCAUUGACCAGGACAAGAGUGGCUUCAUUGAGGAGGACGAACUUAAGCUGUUCCUGCAGAACUUCUCCGCUGGUGCCAGGGCUCUGACUGAUGCUGAGACCAAGGCCUUCCUUGCAGCUGGUGACAGUGAUGGUGAUGGCAAAAUUGGAGUUGAAGAGUUCGCUUCCCUUGUGAAGGCUUAAGCACUCAUGGACCCUAUUUUUUGGAAAUAGGUCUUUACUUUUGUAUAUGACUUGUCUCCAAUAGUUAAUUUAAUUUUUUAUAUUUAUUUAUGAC